UUUAACCCCAAUGUUAUCAUCUCUACACUGGCUACCUGUUAAGUUUAGAACUGAUUACAAACUGCUGCUACUUACGUACAAGGCUCUUAAUGGUUUAGCUCCCAUGACAGGGACUCUGAUUUGGGCUUUGUAGGGAGUGCAAAAAUGUCACUGGGUUAUGGUCAGUAUAAACAACCAAAGGUCCCUCUGUCGCCCCAACAUACACAAAGUUUUGCAAUGCCCAUAUUUACGCCAAUGCUUCUCUCAAUUACGGAAUAAUUUAACUGAUAUAGAUUAAAUUUCCGGGAAAGAAAGCCACUGGAUGGUCAAUACCUUCCUCGGAUUUCUGUAUCAAAACUGCACCUGUGCCUAUGUUACUUGCAUCUACUUGUAAUUGAAAAGACUGGUCAAAUUUCAGAGCCGUCAAAACGUGAGCUUCUGUUAACAAUAUUUUAAUCUUCUUAAAAGCCUCCUGGCAAAUAUGAUUCCAAUGGAACUUCACGGUUCAACGCAACAAAUUUGUUAAAGGUGCAGCCACCACAGACAAAUUCCGACAGAAACAACGGUAAAAUGCCACCAUUCCAAAAAAACGCAUUAAUUCCUUUUUGGUAGUUGGAGUAGGAUAAUUAUCAAUGAUGUCUACUUUCCCACGAACCGGACGCACCUGACCUUGACCCACAAUCUUACCAAGGUAAGUAACGGUGGCUUUUGCAAACUCACACUUUGAUAGAUUUACAGUCAAAUUGGCUGCAACAAAGCGAUCCAACAAAGCCCAAAUAUGCUGUAAAUGCUCGUUCCAUGUGUGGCUAUAAACUACUGUACCACAUCAUCUAAAUAUACCGCACAGCCUUUUAAAUCGGAGAUGACGCGAUUCAUUAAUCGCUGAAAGGUGGCGGGUGCGUUCCGCAGAGAUUUCCCUAGCCCUUGCAGAUAGGGGUACUUGCCAAUAACCUUUUAAAAAGGUCAAACUUGGCACUUCCCACCUGAUCAAUGCAAUCCUCAAUUCGAGGUAAAGGAAAAGAGUUUGGUAACAGCAUUUACCUUUCGAUAAUCUGUGCAGAACCGAAAAGAGCCAUCAGACUUACUCACCAACAGUGAUGGGGAUGCCCAGCUAGAAAAUGAAGGUUCAGCGAUACCAUUAUUAAGCAUGUAGUCAAUUUUAGCAUCCAGAUGUUUUUUCUUAUUUGCUGAAACACGAUAAUAACGCUGCCGAAUAGGACCAGAAUCCCCGAGUACAUGAUGAAAUAUCUGAAAACAGCGAAUCGUACUCCAUAAUUAAAUUAAUCAAAUCAAUACACUGCUCCUCCACCAAAUAAUUGAGCUGAUCACAGUGUAUGAAGAGCCUCUGAGUUUUUCAAACGGCCUUGUAGGACCGAAUCACCUGGAUAAAACUCAUCUUCAGCAGGAGUUACAUCAGCAAUUACAACCGUUCCUUUCACAAGGAUAGGUUUAAAGUCGGACCCAAUCAUUUUGUUCGUGUCACAAUCAAUAAGAGCAGCCUCCUUACAUGCAUAAUAGGGUUUUAACAAGUUUGUGUGACAUACUCUGGUUUUCUUAUUUCGAUCUAGAGUCUCGAUCAAAUAAUUAAGAUCUGAUAUUUGACGAGCAACGGUGUAAGGUCCAGCAAAUUUAGCCUGAAAAGGCGAUCCUACAAUAGGCAACAAUGCCAGUUCUUGAUCACCUUGUUGAAACGAAUGGAUUUCUGCCCGACGAUCAAAGAAACGCUUCAUUCGGUCCUGGGCCUUACUUAAAUGCGCUUUCGCCAUUUGACCAACCCCAAAAAUUUUCCUACGAAAAUCGCUAACAUAAGUCAGAACAUUCUUCGGCGGAUCAGAUUUUUUCAGUCAUCAGCCAAAACAUCCAAAGGACCUCGUAUAUCAUGGCCAAAAACAAGCUCAUUUGGACUAAAACCUGUACUCUCCUGUGAAGCCUCACGAGCAGCCAUCAGCAUCCAGGGUAAACCUGCUUCCCAGUCUUUCCCCAUCUGAGUACAAUACGAUUGUAGUAAAGAUUUCAAUGUUUGGUGAAAUCUUUCCAGAGUUCCCCGACUCUGUGCAUGGUAAGCACUGGAAAGAUUACGUGUAAUGUGAAGUUGUUUUAAUAUUUGACCAAACACAUAAGUAAAAUUACUACCUUGGUCCGAUUGAAUAACUUGUGGUAUUCCAAAGACAGAAAAACUGAGUAAGUGCUUUCAAGACAUUUUUCGCAGUAAUAGAACGAAGCGGGUAAGCAGACGGAUAACAUGUUACCUGACACAUAACUGUAAAUAAGUACUCGCUGCCUGAUUUUGACUUUGGCAAAGGGCCAACACAGUCCACUAUUAAAUAUUCAAAAGGCUGACUUAUCACAGGGAUUGGAUAAAGGGGUGCCGAUUUUAUCGCCUGGUUGGGUUUUCCUGUAAGUUGGCAAGUACGACACGACUUAAUGUAACUAGAAACAUCCCGCUUUAAUUUCGGCCAAAAAACCCUUUCAAGAGCAACUUGUUUUUUUUUUUUACACCCAAAUGACCAGAUGCAUCAUGCAGUUUGUAACACAAGGUUCCAAAAUUUCUGAGGAACAACUUGUACAAUGGGGUCUCCGAUUGCAAAAACACCCUGUGGUACCUAUUUUCGAACCAACAGACCGUAAUAACCAGAUGGAAGGUUGGCAAUCGAGUCACAUGGAACAACCCGAUCGAACAGCUCAUUUAAGGUCAAAUCCACUUUUUUGUUCCAUCAGCAAAUCAUUACGCGCUACUGACAAAAUUGAAGAAAUUUCCAAAGUACCCGUCUCCUUUGGACCGUCACAUUUAUCAACAGUUUGGUUCUUUGACAUAGCCCGUGUUACUGCACAGGAUGGCAAAACCGUGGUAAUGAACGAAGAAUGCCAUUCAUUCCUCGAUUCAUGAAUUACUGGGGACGGAGUCACCACCAAGUUCGAUGAACAAUCUUUCCAAACACGGUUUCCAGCCAAAAUAAUUCCCUAGUAUAACCUGUAUUCCCUCAACAGGCAAACACGAAUGAACACCAAUUUAAAAAUUUUUUGCUCGGUUUCACAGGCAGAAAUUUUGAGUUGAUUUUGGAUGUUUCUCUCAUUUUUAACAUCGGACACUCACGCCGAAAUUUACUAGGCAGAGUGUAUUUAUGCCACGGUUCGUUCCGACUAGGACCUCCAUACAUUCUAUUUGCCGAAGUUUUAUGAAUUAACGAAAAUUCAUUGGCUGAAAUAGCUGCUUCGUACGCAGUAAGAGAUUUUUGUUCACUUACAGUAUGUAGGUCACUACACGGUCAGAAAUACAAUUUUUGAAUUGUUCAAGUACAAUCAAAUCCUUUAAGUCGUCUAGUGUUUCAAUCUCAGAAGCCAUACUCCAGCGAUUAAAGUACAUCGAAAUGUCACGUAGAAACUCAACAUGUGUCUGUUUCUCACCUUUUCUCCAAAACCUAAAUUUCUGCCUGUAUACCUCCGGAACCAAUUCAUUGGAUUUUAAAACUGCGGUCUUUACAGUCUGAUACUUUGCCGCAUCCUCCGUACUAAGAGAGGAGUACGCUUCUUGAGCCCUGCCCGUAAAAAUACAUUGUAACAUCAAAGUACGUUGGUCAUCUGGCCAAUUUCUUGCCUCAGCAACACGUUCAAAUAAUACAAAAAAAGUUCCACAUCCUGUUCAUCAAAUUUCGGAAUUAGUCUCAAAUUACUCACAUCAUCAAAGUCACGCAAACCAUGCUUACUUCCUGACCCAUUUGUGCUAGGAAUUCUUCCAUCUCAUCAAAUCCAAGCGAUAACGUUCAAGUUCUAAUUGUUGUCGCUGCACUUGAACUUUAGAUAAUUCGAGACGUCUUUGUGCUUCAAAUUUUUUUUCUGCAGUCUCAGCUUCAAGCAACAGCAGUUCUUUUUGCUGUUCAAUAACCAAAUGAGACAUCUUAGAUGCAACAUUAACAGCAGGUUCUGGCUGCGACUUUAACACAUCACGUGCAUUCAGUUCGGGUUUUAUGACCGUCUUAAUUGUAUCUUUUAAAAGCUUAUCUUGGACGGACAACGUAAUUUCAUAAAGAUCUGCGACCUCCAAAAGUUGAUCUUUAGAAAAAAGACAUCCAAAAUAUCUGACGGAGUUUUAAUAAACUCCUCGACAGAAGCCAUAACAAGAUUUAUCUUCAGGAGACCCUGUGACAAGAUGAAUCAGCUUUCAUCAUUGGAAGUUGUUCUGAAGAACACAGCUGAAGCUGUUCUCAUUCCACUGAAAGGUGGGGUCUCCUCCCUGAAUGAAGUCUAUAAGGCUCUUAUUGAGGCAGAUGUAGAUCCUGUAACUGGGAAAUGCUCCAACUACGACUACAUCAGACAGCAGAUAGUACAGGCUCAUCAGCUCCUGAACCAGUCAGAAAAGGAAGCCAGUUCAGGGUUAAAGAGUCUGGAUGAAAACUUAGAGCGACUGAUACAAGAGGAGGGGAAACUCAAGCAGGAGAUGAAUGACACAAAUCUAACCUUAGACAACUUUAGAAAAGAGAAGGAAUCAAAUGAAAAUUUACUCAGAGUAUCUCAGGGAGCUCUGGAUCAGACCAGGAGAAUUCUGAAUUCAGCAAUACACACACUUCAGGUUCGGCAGAAAAAGAAACAAGAUGCUGAAAUUAUCACAGGUGUGGGGGCAGGACUGUUAGUUAUACCAAUCAUUGGAUGGAUUGUAGGUUCUGCCAUGAUUCUUGGUGGUGCAGUUGAACUGGAUCAAGCAAACAAAGCUGUCAAAGUGGCUCAAGAGGAGGUGACAAAGUCUGAGAACGAAGUGAGAAACUAUGAACUUAAAGUAUCUCACUACGUGUCUAAGAUUUCCCAGACCGAACGUGACAUCAGUCAGAAAGAUGACCAGCUAAAUCAGAUACGUGAAGGAAUCGAGAAGGUGAAGAAGCAGAGUCAGUCUGUAGCUGAGUUCCAGGGGAAAGUGAGAGGAGCUGUCAAUCUUCUGGGUGUCCUGAGUGGGAGGGUCAGUGUGGCUGAACAUCAGACUCGCAGAUCCAUCCUCCAGGAGCCUAUGAUGAAGGUGAUGGAGGAUGUGAUGAAGGCCAUAGAGCAGAUCACAGGGAAUGAGCUCCUCUAUCGCAAUGACCUGCCAAGACUCAUCAAUCAGAUGAAGGAGAACAACCAACAACUAACAGCCACCUGUGUCUCAGAGAACAGCUCAAUAUCACAAAAAACAUGCUGUUUCUUUUGUUUUCAGCAGAUAUUUUCAGUGUUUUGUUGAAAUAAGUAUUUGAAAAGAAAUGUGAUGUUCUGUUUCAUAUGCAAGUGCAAUACAAGAAUAAAUGAAUAAAGAAGAAAAUCUGUAAGCUAAAAGACAAAUAAAGAGAAGUUAAUCAUGUUUCAUGCUGCUUUAAUUAUGUGAAAGGUUUAUAAAAGAUUAUAUUAAACAUGAAUAUAAAUAUUAUUAAAAUGACUUUUUCAGAUAGUGUUUAUAAAAUGACAUUUGUCCCAGAUGUCCUAUUUGGCAGUGAAGUGUGUUUGUUUCACCUUUUUCAUGUUCAUUGUUUCAUGCUUUAUCCAGACAAACCUGAUCCGUGUCUGAACAACUGUGACAGCAUGACAGAUAAGAUGAGAGUUUACAUUAAUGCACAUGUAGAAUAAUAAAAGUCAUGGUUUGUGUAUCGGUGAAUACUAAUGCAGUGCCAGCAGCUGGAAACCCAUAUUCAGAUGUAAACCUGAAGUGUGUUGUAGCAUAAACUAAAAGUUUGUUUAAUUAUAUCUAAAACCUAUGAUUCCUGG